GGUCGGUUGAAUAUAGGCCAGGUUGCGCGCCAACAUUAGUUUCGUUAGCUAAUCGGUUCGACCGUUUCUUCGUGCAUCCUUUCUUUUCUCUAUGUUCUAGAUUGUUCACUUCUAGUCUCAAUAUCUCUUUCUUCACCGGCUCACUGAAAACAAAACGUAUAUCUUAUAGGGCUCCUAGUGGAUUAUGUUUGGACCACACCCACCAAAAUCUUUGGGUUACUGCAUGAAACUUGCGCUACAUGAGACCCUUCAUAAUUUAAACCAAAACAUAUGUUUGACAACUAGACUGUCAAGAACCAGUUAUGAGGAUUUGGUUGAAAUGGUUUCUCAGUUAAAUCAACUGUGUAUCACUACGUUUGAAGAACAGUGUUCUUUCGUAAAGUUCGCUCUAAAAAAACAACAGGAAAACCUUUUCUGGCGAUUAUCGGCUAAAGUCUUCUGUAGAAUUUCAAAGAAAAACCGUUCAAUAUACAGAACUUUGGAGCUUAUCGAAUUUUUGCGGUUAUAUGAUGAGAUCAUCCGCUUCAAGUCACUAAUUGAUUCUCAACCUGAGAUGCCGGAUUUCGCUAAGGAAAUUUCUAAUGAUCCUUGUUGUAUCUGCUUGGAUAGAGAGCCUGACACUGUUCUUGCUUGUAUGCACUCAUUCUGUCAACCAUGCAUUAACAAAUGGGCCGGAAUUAGUUAUCAGUUGCCGUCAGCAAGUUCAGAAUCGUCUGUUUCUGGUCAAGGAUCCAGCAGCUGCAGACCUUCAGAUAUUAAUCGCACGCAGUGCCCCAUCUGUAGGUCUACGUACACAAAUACCUCUACAUCUUGGGAGUUGAUUGGCAUUCAGUCACCAAAAAAUCAUAGAUAUCAAAUCUCAGGUAUUGUUUUACGUUUAAUCUCACGUACUGGUCGACCGUCAGAUACAUUUCCUGAAGUUGAUGAUAAUGGUACUGAUUCCAACGAAGAAACAUCUUUCACUGUUAUUGGCCAUAAACAUAAUCCAACACAGAAUGUUUAACUUGUCUAUUAGUUUCAUUGUAACACACUGUACAGUAACUUCAGAUUACUACACACUUUUCUCCUAUCUUCAAUAAGACAUUUCAUCUGAUUUUUUAUGAGUACAGGUGUUUGAAAUACUUCAAGUUUUCCACUGAACGAAGAAAUUAUGUAGUAACCACCAACCUUUUACUGAAGAAAAGUAUAAAAGUUAACUAAUACUUUUCAUAACUUCCUGUUCCUUAUAUUUAUGACAUUUGAUCUGUAUAAUUAAACUCUACCUAUAUUUGGAUAUAUAAUUGUCCAAUUUUGAAUUCUAAGCAAAUAAAGUUGAGUCACUUAUUUCCUCUGGUUAAGUUUAAAAAAUUCUUUUCCGUAAAUUACCGACUCUAAUAUUAACCAAACGAUGUGAAAUUUGACAUCAUGUGUUAGAUUCAUUAUCGAUAAAUAAAUGAAGUCUUUCAUUUAAAUUAACAUAAGUACCGAACGAAAUCAUACUUUGAUUUCUAAUCAUAUAAUACUAUCGCCAUUGUUAACUAUCUUUUAAAUACCAGGUUCUCGUAUUAGGAUUUCGCCACCGUCAGUUUUUCAAAUAAGUCUCACAGUAUGCGUCGUAAAUUUGACCAAAUAUGUGGGGUUAUUUCUCCAGUUACUCAUUAAAUGAGAGAGAUCUUAAGACUAGAAAUGAAAAUUUAUACUAAUUUAUACAACAUAUUCAUCUUAUGAUAGAUGCUUAGAUGACGCGACAA